AUGGCUUCCACCUUCGUCGGCUUAUCGGUCGCAGUGACGCUACAGAGUCCCCCGGGUGCUGUCGUGCUGGGUGUGGUCAGUGGUGUUGAUCAGCAUACAGCUACUUUGACGCUUCAAGAUGUCUUCUUUCCAAACUCUGGUCACCGUGUGCCUUCGUACAAGGUGGAAGGACACAUGAUUGCCGAUAUCAAAGUCGCCCCAUCUGUGCCCGCUCCUCCGCAACCUCUUGCACCACGAUCUGCGCCUCAUGCAUACUCGCAAUAUCCUCAGAACCAUGUUCAGCGCCCGCCACCGCAUAUGGGGCAACAGGCUCCGCAUGUCGUUAGCCAACCGUCGUCAGUCCCGCCUGCAGGCGCACCUGCCUACCAGAACGCUCGUCAAGCGCCGCGCCAAUCUACUUCUCAGCCAACUCCAGCUGCGCCCUUUGUCGACCCCGCGAUUCUUAGCAUGGGAAAGCGCACCUCUAAGGCCCCUUCCUUAGGCCUUACCGUUGCUGCGCCUCCUCAGGAAGCUCCUGCCACGCCCAUUAAGCCCAUGGCUGCUGCGAGCGCUGCGGCUUUACCGAAGAACACGUCUCCGUUCGUAGCUCACGCAAAGCAGCAUAGCGUGCGAAAGCCGAGUGCGGCCACUUUGGAGGGACCUUUUUCGUCGCUGGAUAUUGCGGAUGCUGAAGAGGCUGAUAGUGAGACACGGACAGGACAGGUAGCUGCGCGAAGGGCAAGCAUCACCAAGACCAGGACCGGCAAGCCGAUGGAUGAUCCAAGUCCGCAGAAGAAUGACGACAGUGGCAAAAAGACUCGAAGAGGGGGCAAGUCUCGUAAGAAGGAACUUGCCGCUCAAGAGAGGAAGAACGGCGAUGCCGAGACUAUUAAAAAAGGCAAAGGCAAUGGUUGGAGGAAUACCCCCAUGCUACAAGCCGCCGAACAGCCUCAGGCAAGAACCCCCGGGGUUAUAGGCGGCAGGGUCGGCCUUGCAGCAGCAAACGCUUCGAAUCGUAAGACGAAACGGCAGCAGGCGCUCGAAGCCACGAACGGUUGGGCCACGGAAGAUGCGACGGAUAUCCAGGACAUGCCCGAGUUCGACUUUCAGAGUAACCUCUCGAAGUUUGACAAGCGCACGGUAUUCAACCAGAUUAGAAAUGAGGAUACAACUGCGGAUGAGGAUCGCUUGGUCAGCUUCAACCGUUUGGCAAGGCCUGGAACACACGGGGGGAAGAAUCUGCAUCCUACGGAAAAUGUGCUGGAUCGGAAGCUGAAAAGCACGACCAACACAAGUUCUGAGGAGGAGGAGGACGAAUUUGGCAGCGGGCGCAACUCCAGACGGGCAAUGUCCAGAGCUUCGGUCAAAAGGGCACCAACACGGCAGGGCAGCGGCGUUCAAGCUGACCUAGACAUGAUGGGAUCAGGUGUAUUACCGCGCACUAACCGUUCGUUUGUCUUGGCUCGACCCUAUGCUUCCUCACAUGCUACAGGUAGCCCUAGGCCGGGCCGCGUUGCUUCACCACCAGAGUCACCCCUCGAGUCCAGUGCCAAAGGCUGCUUACGCCUGGUAUCAAACAACCGCAAGUGCUUCGCUAUUACUCCCGGUGCCAUGCUGGCAGUGGAGGAGACUGCUGAGGUGGAGUUUGGCCUCAACGAAGACAUCAUGGCGGAGAACUCAGGGCGCGGUAUCGCAGAAGUCGCUCUGACAGCGAUAAAUCCGGGUGGCAGACGUCUCGCACGCGACAAUCCCAACGCCAACCCUGUUAUUGUCGUCUUGGCUGGCAAUCAUCGUGGAGGUGCACGCGCCGUUGCAGCAGCGCGGCAUCUUGCCCAACGCGGACCAAAAGUCAUGGUCGCACUACUCGGUUUCGAACGCAAUGCAGACUGGGACAAGGACAUUCGGCGUCAGGUCGAGCUUUUCCGAAAGUUUGGUGGUUCCGUCCGCGCGUGGAAAGAUACGGAAGAAGCUUUGAAGCGUCUGCAGGCACCGCCCGAGCUCAUCAUAGACGCGCUGCUUGGCCGUCACAAGGAGUUUGAGGCACUCGGCGACGAAGAUCAACGAGUGGUCCUCAACAUCGUAGGCUGGGCAAAUAAGUCACGAGCAGCCUGUCUUGCUGUCGAAACGCCGUCUGGUGUCGGUGGCUCUACAGGAGAAGUUUCCAUCCUCGAAGGCGAGCCACUAGAAGUACGCGCAAAGUACAUUGUAUGCCUCGGUGCACCGCGAACGGGACUUCUCAAAGCACUACAGAAUGGCGCGGGACGCGAUCCACAAUGGCUUAUCUGGAUCGUGGAUAUCGGCGUCAACAGACCUUGGCGCAACGCUGGUAUCAGUGGUGGCAAAGGCAUCAAAUUUGGCGAGCAAUGGGUCGUACAGGCGCAGUUUGAGGAACCAUCCGUCGUGGAUGGCGGACGGGUUUAG